AGCUUGUCUGUCCGUCUGUCUGUCGCAUAAUUUUAGGCAAUUUGAUUACAGUGACAUGUUUUGGCGCAAGAAGAAACACUAUUGAAAAUAUCACGGAGGGAAUCACUUCUCAUAAGAGAUCUUGUUUUGAAAAAUCAUUAUCAGAAUAACUGUAUUGAACGAAGUGGUGGAAGGUAGUUAAUGGUGGGUCACAUCCAUUUCGACCACGUUUCAUUUGUUUUGCUUAAAAUUUUUUACCUUGAUUUUUAAGCUUUCGCUUAUAUUCAUCUGCUCGCUGUUUGCUAUAUACUUAUAUCGAUGAAUAAUAUACUAUUUCGAAUAUGAAAGCCAUCGCAAAAAUUUGGUGUCAAAAAAAAUAAAUAAAUAAAUGAAUAAAUAAAUGAAUAAAAUCGAAAAUUAAAUAGCUUUACAUUUACGUUUCUCAGGAUUUUUGAAAUUUCUUAUAUAAAUCGGUAGAAAAUUUCAAAAAUUAAUCGUAUAUGUGAUAAGUAAGUAAAAGAAAGAAAUAAAAAUGUUAAAUAAAUAAGCGAAUUUAUAACAACUUGGCUUAGUAAUCAUAAACCGGUCUUAAUUUUCUAUAUGGCUUUGUUUACUUAAAAAAAAAAAAAAAAAAAUGUAUCCAACACACGAGGUUAACGUACGUACGUACGUGAGCAAAAAUGCUAGAAUUUUACUUCACUUUAACUAGAAAGUCUUUUUCGACACGCAGUUCUUGUGAAAGCAAUCUCAUGACAUAAGCAAUAAUUGUCAUAACGACGUCAUCAAAUUUCAGUUUGUUUACAAAUAUAUUGAUUUUUAAUUGAAUUACUGUCAAAUCAAACAAAUAUUUCAAUAAAUCGCAAUUUAACGUAAGAGAAUCAAUCAAUGAAUCAAUUCGAUUAGCUAAAUUAACAACAACAACAAAAAAAAGAAGCAACAAUAACAACAUCAAGUAUAACAUCGAAAACGCGGAAAAUAUAGUUUUAUAUAGUUUAUGUAUGAGUGUACAUAGGUAUGUGUGUAAAUUAAACGUUUAUUCCAAGUGAUUCUUCGCAAUCGGUGGAAAAUUUGUUGAAAUUGUAUGAGUCAAGUAAGGCGAGCACAUGUCCGUAAUAUUAUAAUAAAUUGAAAGUUCAGGGAAAGCGAAAAAGCGAAAAAGCGAAGAAAAAAAAAAUUGUUUUUUAUGAAAGAUUCGCGCCAUAUAUAGGUCAUCGAUAUGGGAAAUACAUCAUCGCACGCGCACGAAGAUGUAGAACACGGAUUUACUCGUGGAAAGUUCGGCGAUAUAAAAAAUGUGAAGUCAGCAUCAUUCCGUUUUCGUAAAAGAUCUCCGAAGAAAAUGGAUCGUUUGCGACGGUCCUUUCGUGAUUCAUUUCGUCGAAGAAAAGAUCGUGUUCCUGAAUCUUCAAAGCCUCAUCAAUGGCAAGCUGAUGAGGAGGCUGUCCGUACGGCCACUUGUUCCUUUGCUGUAAAGUACUUAGGCUGUGUUGAGGUUUUCGAGUCACGUGGCAUGCAAGUUUGUGAGGAAGCACUCAAGGUUUUGCGUAAUUCUCGUCGACGUCCGGUACGUGGCCUACUUCAUGUGAGUGGUGAUGGUUUGCGGGUUGUAGAUGAUGAGACUAAGGGCUUAAUAGUCGAUCAAACUAUAGAGAAAGUCAGCUUUUGUGCUCCUGAUCGCAAUCACGAACGCGGUUUUAGUUACAUCUGCCGGGACGGGACCACGCGUCGCUGGAUGUGUCAUGGAUUUUUAGCAAUUAAGGAUUCCGGUGAACGUCUAUCGCAUGCCGUUGGAUGUGCAUUUGCCGUUUGCUUAGAGCGUAAGCAACGUCGCGAUGGUGUUACUAGCGUCACUAUGACGUUUGAUACGAAAAACUCAACGUUUACACGCAAUGGAUCGUUUCGUCAGCAAACAAUGACGGAAAUGUUUACUAACAAUGAAAGGGGAAUUGAUAUGCCUUCGGCAAUUGUGAAACCUCAACCGAAACCCUUUAAUCCAUUUGCGAUCGAACGUCCCCAUGCCACACCAACGAUGCUCGAGCGCCAAGGCUCGUUUCGAGCUUUUAGCACAAUUGGUAGUCAGUCGCCCUUCAAGCGUCAAAUGUCAUUGAGAAUCAAUGAUCUUCCGUCCAAUGCCGAGCGUCAGAAAGCAUUCCUUAAUGCCGCCUCAGGCACAAACCUGGGCUUAGCAACUCCGAAUCGCACUGUAUCGCCUAUUCCGGAAGUAUCGCCAGCUAAGUUAGGUCAAGUAGAAUUAGACAACGUUGCGACCACAGCUGACACAGUAAAUCAAUUAUGUCAAGAACUUAGCAAAGGAUUGAGUUUAUUAUCCCAAACUGAUGCUGUUUUAAUGGCUUCACCAAGUACCACAGAUGAUCUCAGUUUCAAUAGCUUAAGCGUUAAUAAGAACUUUCUUGCUGGCAAUAAGCAAGCAGAGGAAGCGGUUUCUUCUCCAGCGGCAAUUUCUAAUGAUAGUAUUAGCAGUUUCAGUGUUGGCGUUGUAACGCCCACUGCGAAAAUAGCGCCGCAUACAAUUUCUCUUUCGCCUGUUGCCGUUUGUUCCCCAACUUUUCCAACUAGUACAGAAAGCGUAGCUCUAACGGAAGCAGCACUGCCAAAAGCUGACCAAUGGUUGGGCCAAGUAGUAAAAAGUACAUCGCCAGCUGUUGCUAAACGAGCGCCAGUUUUGUCAGUGUCAGGACGUACGCGAUCUUUAACCGCUGUACCCGCUACAAAUGAUCCUUUCGAUGCCGAAUGGGUGGCAGGGGUCACUAAACCCUUAUCUCCAGAAUUGCCUGCAGUUACAACUAGAACUUCUCAUAGCACUAAUCCCUUCAUUGCACCAGGACAACCAUCUCGUUUACAACUGUAAAUAUUUUACUAUUGUGAAGUUACUAAUCUCUCUGGGAAAUUUCUAACUUCUAAAGGCAAAAAUGCUGUUGUGCUCGAGAUAACCAUUUAAAAAUAAAUUUCAAUGAUCUAUAGAUGUGUGAGCCUCAAUGCCCUUGAAAUUGAUACCAUCAAGUCUUUUUGCAGAACUAUCUCCCGUCCUUUGUAUUCUUUCCUCUUCUCAACUAAUUUACUUUUGCUUUGCCUUUAAUCUGAUUUGAUUUAAUCUAAAAUUCUUAACGUUAAUGUAAUAUAUAAAAAAGGAUUAUGGCGUCGUACUCCUAUCGUCCUCUCAGGAAAUUUUUUCUGCUCCCAUUUCAAUUUGUUUGCACUUAUUGUGCAGUACUAGCCGUUGCGUUCUGAGUCUACUGAUAGUUGUUCACAUUACUUUAAUUAGUUUUGCGAAAGUCAUUCACAAGAUCUUAAAUUAAAAAAAACAAAAAUUUUUUUUUCAAAAAAUACCAUUUUUUGGAAGUAUAACUUUAUUUUAAUAACAUUUGAAAUUGGAAAUUGAAUUAAUCUGCGAAAAUUGAAUGAAGUGUACCAACGCUACGGUACGCGCGUGGAGAUCGUGGAGGUUUUUGUCGACUGCUUUGGGCAUUAUCUCUUAUAUGCUUUUUUUAAGCGAGCAUAUAAAUAUUUUGUAAUUCAGUUACCGAGAAGCUUAGGAUAUUUAAUUGACUUGCCGUACCAGCCUAUACCUACACCCACCUAUUUUUCGGUUAAUUUAAUAAUAAAAGCGAUUCAUGCAAGUAAAUGUCCUAAAGACUACAGCAAAUAUCGGACUGUGAUUUACUCAAAAAAUGUACUCACUUAAGUGAUAAGUUUUUUUUUAAAAGUUUCGUGUAAUUGUUACCAUAAAGGAAAAAUUUAUUUGAAAUAGUAAACGUCAGCGAUGAAUCCUAAGGUGAAUACAAGAUAAUGUCGGUGUUUCAAUAGAAAUUGGGGUAACUUAUACAUCUAUAUCUAUACAUAUAUAUAUUGUAUAUACAAAAAGUAUAUAUAUGUAUAAUUGUACAUGUGAAAGUGUAUUUUAUAUACAAAGGGGUAUAUAAAAAUAUUUAUAGAUAUAUUUGUUGAAAUGUGUCUUUGGUAUCUGACGAUGCAAUCUUAAGGUAGGAAUGAAGACUACCGCGAUUGCUAUAUAGUGGACAAUAGUUUACGUCCUAUGAUAAGGAAUAAUACCCAAAUAGAAAAAGGUUAAAAAUUGACUAAUAAUGAACAGAAAACGGCAUUAACCCUAAUCAUCCCAAUUUUUUUUGGGACCUUCCUGUCCAAGAUAAGGGCUUGCUUUACGACUCUGUGACUGUCUAAACGAAAAGGUUGAUUUUGAUAUCAUGACUAAGUGAUACCUACAAAUUUACAGUUAUUUUUUUUUUUUAGUUAACCUAGUUAAGGAAAUACUUUUGAAAAUUUGAUACGAAAUCAAAAAAUUUAAGUUCAAGUGAGCUUCAAAAGCCCACCUGACAAGGUUAGGGUUAAAGGCAGUAGAUUGUGCAUUAUUAAUGGAUUGUCUAUUGGAAUAUAUUAAGUAUGAUAGCAAAUUGGGUUUGAAUAUUAUCGCAUAAUUAAAUGAAACUGAUUUAAGUAAUCUGUCCUCACCUUGGGAUUUUGUUUUCGUAUUUACUAAACACCAAAAAAAAAAAAAUUGUUUAUACUAAUAAUUACAUGAAUACCGUAUUUACUGUAUUUUUUACUAAUGCUUUCAAAAUGCAUCAACAUGCGAAUGUGUCUGGCAUCGAUAUGCUCCUCUUUUUUGGAAGAAUAUUUUAUUAUAAUCUGAUUCGAUAUAUCGAUCAACGAUCAGGGAGGCGAUUCAAGUCUAAGGAAAUCUCACACUAUAGUUCGAUCUAUAAGAAUACCUUUGUAUAUAUAAACAUAUAUACGCAUAUAUAUAUCUAUAUAUAUGUAUACACAUAUGUAUUGUAUACUUAUAUAUGCAAAUAUUGUUGUAUAUAUAAGCAAAUAUUAUUGUUAUUUACUAAUUACUUAACCAUCCGUCUUUGUUAAUACUUAAUUUGUUUUUGUACAAAAUGUAUUAUAUGUAUGUAUUUAAAAGCUUAUUAA